GAUGGCGACCCCCGUUAGUCCCGCCUCCCGCCACCUCGGCGGCCAAUGAGCGAGAAGCACGAGACUUUGCACAUGCGUGGCGCUACCAGUGGGCGCGUCCAAUAAUGACUCCGGGAACCCGUCGAGUAAUAUGACUAAAAAGAAGCGGGAGAACCUGGGCGUCGCUUUAGAGGUGAGGGGAGAAACGGGGGCUGCAGCAUGUCGUGAACUUCUCCCCGCGGCGGAUGAUCGAUGGGCUGGAGAAGAAGUUGUCACAAUGUCGGAGAGACCUGGAGGUCGUGAACUCCAGGCUCUGUGGGGCGGAGCUGAGCUCAGAGGCCAGGAGGUCUCUGGAGAAGGAGAAAAGCAGCCUGAUGAACAAAGCCUCCAACUAUGGAGCUGAAGUUGCUUCGGCAGGAGAACCGCAAGAACAUGCUGCUGUCUGUGGCCAUCUUCCUCCUGCUGACCGUCAUCUAUGCCUACUGGGCCCUGUGAGGCUGCGAUUUCUCCAGUCAGCCCUGGCUUCCCCUCAGCUCCGUGAUCAUAGCUAAGCAGGCCCUUCAAGCCUCAAGAGGACCAAAGUACAAGGCUGUUUCUCCCUGACCCAGACAUUGGAGCAGGGCUUCCUGUUGGCCUGGCCCCUCUCACCUCCCAUACCCGCUGUGGGCUUGGGGCUCCAGAAGGACUUCAUGCUGGCUUAGCCCAGGGGAAAGACAAUAAAGAACCUGUGUGCCGAGAAAA